AUCACUAUUUCUCUUACCUUUGGGCUGCCUAUGUUAAUAAGCUUGCAGGAGGCCCCAGCUCCUGGUUGCCGUGACAACCACAAGGAGCCAGCCAUUAGCGCCAUUACGCAGGAUGCUCAAGCCCCAGCUGAGAUGCAGUGAGGAGUGCAGACAGUGAGAGGAAGACAACCAGGAUCUCGCUGCCUUAGCUGUAAGCAUCCAAAACAUCCAGAUGUAGAUGCUGGCACAAAGAGGAAAACGGGGAAGGGAACGAGAGAAGAAAGGGUGGGGAAAGCCUGUGAUUCCAGGGCUUCUGAAGCUUGUGUGGUGUGGAGUCUGAGCUGGAGGAUGGGCAGGACAUCAGUUUGACUAUGUGCAACAGAAGCAGCACCUUCCCAUCAAGGAUGGACUGACCCUGGAAGGGGAAGGAUUUAGCACAUAAGAAGCAAAUGUUUGAAGUCCCACUAGGAAGAAAAUGGAAAGCUUAGGAGAUGAUAACUGAACUCAUCAGAGCUGAUGUGAUCACCAAUCAAGACAGUAUAAAAGCAGGGGUUCUUAUCCUGGGGUUAAUGUAGGUAUCAGGAGAACACAACUGUCCCCCUCCCCUUAUGCAGGGGCUACCAAGAGUGUGGAAGCAUGGAGGAAAGUCGAAACGAGAAGACAAAUGAAGCUCAUAUUCUCUUUGACCGAUUUGUCCAGGCCAGCACCUGCAAAGGGACGCUGAAAGCUUUCCAAGAGCUCUGUGACUAUCUGGAGCUAAAGCCCAAGGACUAUCGCUCCUUCUACCACAAGCUCAAGUCCAAGCUUAACUAUUGGAAAGCCAAGGCCCUCUGGGCGAAACUGGAUAAACGGGGCAGCCACAAAGACUACAGGAAGGGCAAAGUGUGCACUAACACCAAGUGUCUCAUCAUUGGAGCUGGACCUUGUGGCCUUCGCACAGCCAUUGACUUGUCCUUACUGGGAGCCAAGGUGGUGGUCAUUGAGAAGCGGGAUGCCUUCUCCCGCAACAAUGUCCUUCAUCUCUGGCCAUUUACCAUACACGACCUGAGAGGUCUGGGUGCCAAGAAGUUCUAUGGCAAGUUUUGCGCUGGGGCCAUUGACCACAUCAGCAUCCGGCAACUCCAGCUAAUCCUUUUGAAGGUUGCCUUGAUUCUUGGCAUUGAAAUCCAUGUGAAUGUGGAAUUCCAGGGGCUGGUACAACCCCCUGAGGACCAAGAGAAUGAACGAAUAGGUUGGCGGGCACAGGUACACCCCAAAACACACCCUGUAUCGGAGUAUGAAUUUGAAGUGAUCAUUGGAGGGGAUGGCAGGAGGAACACCUUAGAAGGAUUUCGACGGAAAGAAUUUCGAGGCAAAUUGGCCAUUGCCAUCACAGCAAAUUUCAUCAACCGUCAUACCACAGCAGAAGCCAAAGUAGAAGAGAUCAGUGGUGUGGCCUUCAUAUUCAAUCAGAAGUUCUUCCAGGAACUCCGGGAAGCCACAGGUAUUGAUUUGGAGAACAUUGUCUACUACAAAGACGACACACACUACUUUGUUAUGACAGCCAAAAAGCAGAGUUUACUAGAUAAAGGAGUGAUACUGCACGACUAUGCUGACACAGAACUCUUGCUGUCUCGGGAGAAUGUAGAUCAGGAGGCUCUGCUCAGCUAUGCCAGGGAAGCAGCUGACUUCUCUACCAAUCAGCAGUUGCCAUCAUUGGACUUUGCCAUCAAUCACUAUGGGCAACCAGAUGUGGCCAUGUUUGACUUUACCUGCAUGUAUGCAUCAGAGAAUGCUGCCCUGGUUCGGGAACAGAACGGUCACCAGUUAUUGGUGGCUCUGGUUGGGGAUAGCCUGCUUGAGCCUUUUUGGCCGAUGGGAACCGGAAUAGCCCGAGGCUUUCUGGCUGCUAUGGACUCAGCCUGGAUGGUUCGAAGCUGGUCUCUAGGAAUCAGUCCCCUGGAGGUUCUAGCAGAAAGGGAAAGCAUUUACAGGUUGCUGCCUCAGACUACUCCUGAGAACGUGAGUAAAAACUUCAGCCGUUACAGCAUUGAUCCUGUCACCAGGUAUCCCAAUAUCAAUGUCAACUUCCUGCGGCCAAACCAGGUACUUCAUUUAUAUGACACAGGAGAACUGAAAGAUGUUCACCUGGAAAUGGAGAACCUAGUGAAUUCUCAAGUAACACCAAAGCUUACCCGAAAUGAGUCUGUAGCUCGUUCUAGCAAGCUGUUGGGCUGGUGCCAAAGGCAAACAGAUGGCUAUGCUGGAGUGAAUGUGACAGAUCUUACCAUGUCCUGGAAAAGUGGCCUUGCCCUUUGUGCAGUUAUCCAUAGAUACCGCCCUGAUCUCAUAGAUUUUGAUUCUUUAGAUGAACACAACACAGAGAAGAACAAUCAACUGGCGUUUGAUAUUGCUGAAAAAGAAUUAGGCAUUUCUCCCAUCAUGACAGGCAAGGAAAUGGCUUCAGUUGGGGAACCAGACAAGCUUUCAAUGGUGAUGUACCUGACCCAGUUCUAUGAGAUGUUCAAGGACUCCGUCCCCUCCAGUGUUACCUUGGAUGCUGAAGAGAAAGCGGUCCAGAUUGCUAGUACCAAAUCCCCCAUCUCCUUCCUUAGCAAACUUGGACAGAGCAUUUCCCGGAAGCGCACUCCGAAGGAUAAGAAGGAGAAGGACUUGGAUGGUGUGGGGAAGAGGAGGAAGACCAGUCAGUCAGAGGAGGAGGAACCACCUAGAGGUUACAGGGAAGAGAGGCCCACUCUGGUAAGCGCCCUAACUGACAGGAGGAUCGAUGUCGCUAUUGGCAACCAGAAUAAAGUCAAGUCCAUGGCUACUCAAUUACUGGCAAAAUUUGAGGAGAAUGCACCACUACAAUCCACUUCUGGCAUAAGGAGACAGCCAAUCCAAGAGCGUUGUAUCAGCCAGCCAUCCUUCAGACAACCUGAGCAGGGCCGCCCUGCUCCGAUACCUCAAUGGAAACAGCAACGGCGAAAGGAGUGUUCUCGGACAUGCCCGAAAAAAGUGAUUACACUUUCUUCUCCCUCCAUUCCACCUUCUCGGUUUUAUAGCAGUCAACAGAUGUACAGGGAUCUUGAUGCUGACAGCCGUGGCAAGCAGAGUCCCCACUCUGAAAGGCAAGAAACUGAACCUUCUCGUCGAUUUUUUGUUGAGCAAUGGGAGCUUUCCCUUAGCCUUCGUUCCUCCAACCGCCCUGCCUCACCCUCCUCUGACUCCCUCCGACAGAAGUAUAUAAAGAUGUACACGGGCGGAGUGAGCUCAUUGGCUGAGCAGAUAGCCAAUCAGCUUCAAAGGAAAGAGCAGCCCAAAACCCUUCUAGACAAGAAGGAACUGGGUUCAUUGAAGAAGGAGUUCCCCCAGAAUAUAGGAGGCAGUGAUAUUUGCUAUUUCUGCCAUAAGCGAGUCUAUGUGAUGGAGAGGCUAAGUGCUGAAGGGAAGUUCUUCCAUCGAAGCUGCUUUAAGUGCGAAUACUGUGCUACUACCCUGCGCCUGUCUUGCUACGCAUAUGACAUUGAGGAUGGUAAAUUCUACUGUAAACCUCACUACUGUUAUCGACUUUCUGGAUAUGCACAGAGGAAGAGACCAGCAGCGGCUUCUCUGUCUGGGAAGGAGACUAAAGGAGCCCUGCAGGACGGCACCACAGCAGACAGAACUGGACGAUCCAACUCUACCGGCAGCUCAGUGGAGAGGACUCCAGGUUCAAGUGUGAAUGGCUUAGAGGAGCCCAGCCUUGCUAAGAGACUGAAGGGUACGCCAGAAAGGAUUGAGCUGGAGAAUUACCGGCUGUCCAUGAAACAGGCAGAAGAACUGGAAGAGGUUCCUGAGGAAACCCUAGCAGAACACAAUCUGAGCAGCGUGUUGGACAAAGAAACAGAAGAGGACGUGGCAAGCAGCAGUUCAGAGUCUGAGAUGGAGGAGGAAGAUGAGGAGGAAGAAGAGGAAGAAUCUCAUCUUCCCCCUUCAGACCUGGGAGGUGUACCUUGGAAGGAAGCUGUUCGCAUCCAUGCUCUUCUGAAAGGAAAGAGUGAGGAGGAGCUGGAAGCCUCUAAAAAUCAUGAGCCUGGGAAUGAAGAAGAGGAAGAAGAAGAGGAAGAGGAGGAAGAGGAGGAGGAAGAGGAAGAAGAAUCUAGUGAAGAGGGAGAGUAUUGCCCCUGGAACAGAGAACUUCAGCAAGGCCAAUGGCUCCAACAUAAUUCAAAUGAAGAGGAUACGGGUACAUUUAAAGCUGGGAAUCUGAAGCUACAGCAGAUUGUAAAUCUAGUCGAUCCCCUGGAGAUCCAGGCAGAUGUACACUGGACGCAUAUUCGUGAAAAAGAGGAGGAGGAUCAAAUGGCGUCUGCCUCCAAGUCCUCUGGUUCCAGAGCCCCAUUUGAUGAAAAUGAUCUGGAAGAAGACGUGGACACAGAGCCUGCAGAGAUGGAGGGAGAGGCAGCAGAGGAUGGGGACACCGGGGACACUGGUGCAGAGCUAGAUGAUGAUCAGCGCUGGUCUGAUGAUAUCCCAUCUGAUGCUGAGGCUGAGUUGGGUUUACCGGACCAGGAAGCAUUAAAGAAAGAGCUGAAGCUUGAGGUGUCAGCGAAGGAAGAGGAGCAGCCAGCCUCCCCACCGCACCAGCAAGGAGAAGGUCCCUCUCCACACUCUAGCCCUAGCAAGUCUCCUCUAGAAAGUCCUGGUCUACUCUCCCCAGUUAGCAGAACAAAAGCAGAGGACAUCCAGGUCCCCUCCUCUUCAGUUUUCAAUAAAGAGAAAUCUCCGGAGGAGCGCUUUUUCCCAGAUGUAUUCCUCAGCAAAGAAAAGCCAGAAGUUGACAUCCCCAUUGAUCAGAAGGUUUUGAAUGCUUCUGCAUCAUUGUCUCCUAUCCGAUCCCAGCCAGCAGCACUGCCAGAAGCUAUCACGACCCCCUCCCCAGUUAUGUCCCGGCCUGUGUCUCCUUCAGUGACUCCCACUUCACCUUCCACACAACUUCCUAUCUGCUCUCAGCCCCAGCCUUCUUCUGAAACAUCCAUUCCAUCCCCUACAGAGUCUCCUAUACGUUUCCAACCCAGUCCAAUAAUAACAUCCACUCCUCUGUUGUCCCUCACACGUAAAGACCAAGAUAAUACAGUGGAAAAGCCACGCAGCCCUGUUGCCUCAGAUGAAUCCAUAAAACGUAAUGACCUUGUGGAGGAAUUUUGGCUAAAGAGUGCUGAGAUACGCAGGAGCCUUGGACUCACCCCAGUGGAUAGAAAAAAGGGGACUGAACCCAGUAUCACUUUGUCCAGCCUUGAUCUUGUGUCCCUGAAAUCAUUUUCAACCAAGAAGGUGUCUCAAGAUGAAGAAAUCCAUGCCAUGAAACCCCAACCUUCUAGAAAGCCAGGCAUACCGAAGUUAGAUAGCGAUCAGCCAUCACUGCUGACUCCUAAAUCCCCGUCUGAGAAAGAACUGAAAAACUUGAUCCACGAGGAGAGGAAAGACUUGUCCAGCAGCUCUGGCCUGGGUCUUCACGGCAGCUCUUCCAACAUGAGGACCUUGGCUAGUCAGAGCUUUAAUACCUCUGACUCGACCAUGCUCACACCACCUUCAAGCCCUCCUCCUCCCCCACCACCAGAUGAGAAACCAGCCACUCUUCGAAGAAAGAAACAGGCAUCCUGGCAGAAUGAGACUGAACCCAAGCCCUCACCUACCGCUGCCCCAGUAGCCCUUGUCCGGCCCCACCAAGAGCCAGCCCAGCCAUCCAGAGAAGAGGUGCGGAAGUCAUUUGUGGAAAGUGUUGAUGAGAUUCCAUUUGCCGAUGAUGUGGAGGACACAUACGAUGAGAAGACAGAAGACACGAGCUUCCAGGAAAAGUUCUUCACCCCACCCAGCUGCUGGCCCUCCUCAGAAAAACCUCUCUACCUACCCUUGGCCAAAGAGAAUGGCAGGUUGCCUGCUUUGGAAGGUGAGUCCCAGCAACAAAAGAGGGGGCUUCCUGUGGUGUCUCCAGAAGCCAAGGAACUGGCCAAAGAGCGGAUGAGAGCCAGAGAGAAAUCUGUGAAGAGCCAGGCAUUGCGAGAUGCCAUGGCCAAGCAGUUAAAAAAGAUGAAAGAGAUGGAGAUGACAGCUGCCGCUGCAGCUGGAACCUCUAGGAUCUCAAACAAAGCUGCUUCCUUGCCUUCCAAGAUGAAAGAGCAUCUGGUCUCAGAACCCCUAAAGCCGUCGGCUCUCAGAAGAUCUGAGGUGCCUACCCUAAAGCACGAAGCAACCAGCGAGGAGUUCUUUUCCCCACCAUCUGAUUCAGGAGGCCCUGAUGGCUCUGUCACAUCCUCUGAGGGGUCUAGUGGAAAAAGCAAAAAACGAUCUUCACUCUUCUCCCCCCGAAAGAACAAGAAAGAGAAGAAAUCCAAGAAUGAGGGCCGGCCACUAGAAAAGCCGAGUGGGAAUGUUCUGGAGGAAUCUGCUGCCAAGCCUAAGUCUUUGUGGAAAUCAGUAUUCUCAGGGUAUAAGAAGGACAAGAAGAAGAAGGGAGACAAUAAAUCCUGCCCCAGCACUCCAUCCAGCGGUGCCACAGUGGACUCUGGGAAGCAUAAGAUGUCUCCCAUGGUCAGAACAGAGCUGCAACUACGUCGACACUUUAGUUUCUCAGAAGACUCUGAUCUCUCCAGUGAUGAUGUCCUAGAGAGGUCUUCCCAAAAGUCCAAGCGAGAGCAGAGGACCUACACAGAGGAGGAGCUGAACGCCAAACUGACCAGGCGAGUACAGAAGGCAGCUCGGAGACAAGCCAAGCAGGAAGAGCUCAAGAGAUUACAUAGAGCCCAGAUUAUCCAACGACAGCUGGAGCAGGUGGAAGAGAAGCAGAGGCAACUAGAGGAGAGAGGAGUUGCUGUGGAAAAAGCUCUCCGUGGUGAAGCAGACUAUUGGGGAGAGUCUUAUUACAGUGACAUCAUCGACUUGCAUCUGGGUGGCAUGGGGAAGAAGGACGAUCCCAAGCUGAUGCAGGAGUGGUUCAAGCUAGUACAAGAGAAAAAUGCUUUGGUGCGCUAUGAAUCAGAGCUGAUGAUAUUCGCCCGUGAACUAGAACUAGAAGAUCGUCAGAGUCGAUUACAACAAGAGCUCCGAGAACGGAUGGCCAUAGAAGAUCACUUAAAGACAGAUGAAGAGUUACUGGAAGAGAAGAGGAUUCUGAAUGAGAUGUUAGAGGUGGUGGAGCAGAGGGACUCUCUGGUGGCCUUACUCGAAGAGCAAAGGCUUCGAGAAAAAGAGGAGGACAAGGAUCUGGAAGCUGUCAUGCUGUCUAAAGGCUUCAACAUGAACUGGUCCUGAGGAUCUGCUCACUCUCACUGGUCAGUCUUGCAUAGCCAUUUGGCCCGGGCUGGGCUCUCCAGAAACCCCUAGCUCGAGAGAUCUGAGAAGGUCUGGCAUUUUCUGAGAGCAUACUUUCAAGCAUCCAUGUGCCUCUUUCAGCAGUGGAAUUGAGCCUCAUGUGUUUUGGGGAAAACCCCAAGUGGGGUUGAUUAGCUGAGUGAGUCCGGCCACCCUGGAGAACCUGGCUGAAGGGGCCCACCUGAGAUAUAUGCACGAGGAGAAGGAAGAGCACAGAGUGAUUGACACUUAUUGUGGAAAACCCUUUAUCCUCCCAAAGAGACCACGAUUGAUCCUUUCCCUAUUUCCUCUACUAACCUGUUCAGUCAGAGAAGGAAGUGAAGAGACUCCCUCUUUGUUGAUGUCAUGGCUACUAUGGAAUUAACUUCCUAUGGUGGGGAGUCGAAGUAGCCAAAGGGAGCAGCGGUUUUACCUUUUCUUCCUAUAACCCCAUGAAAGAAACCUAAAAAACAUUCCCCAUCCUGAGAAUACCCAAGAGGGUAAGACUACCAUUGUCAGGCUGGGGUGUAGCCAUCCAUCUUGGAGGUCAGGGAUGGUGACUAAGAGCUCUCUCCAGGGAGGUCUCUGGAGUUAGCCCUACAAGUGAAGAGGGUACUUACAGGUGCAGCCCUACACUACACGAUGUAUGGACAGUUCAUUUGGAGUGUGUGGCCCAAGCGUUUCCCUGUGGCAAGGACCCCCUGGGGUGUGCUACCUUUCACCUUUGUUUUGAAUCGCAACUAUUUUGACACUGGAAAAUACUGACUUGGAGGGACGGAGGGGGUCAAGGCCCCAGGUUUCAGAGCCCAUUUGAGGACUGCCUCAGGACAGAAAGUUAUUGACACUGUUCAGUACUUUAAGGUGGGAAAGGAGAAUAUGUUUUCCUUGAUUUUUUUUCCUGUGUUUGCACAAUGAAAAUGAAGCAAAGACCUGACAGGACCCUCGGUCACUUUGAACCCUUUUUUUUUUUUCAAUUAACUUAUUUUUUUUAAUACUUGAAAAAAAGCAAGUUCGCUUUUUAUAUCUUUACAAAAAACACAAAUCAUCUAGUGCUCAACUGAGGGAGUGCCAGACAUCUGUCUUACAUCAUUCGUCAUCCAGUCGGCAACUGACUGAAGUCUUGGUUACACGUGUCUAUUUAUUCAUGUCCUUCAUGAUAUUUCUAGCCUGUUAUUCUGGUUGGCUUCAGGGAAUAGAACACGGCCCUGUUGUGACCUAGUUUUUCUCUUGUUAUCCGAUGGCUUGUUCUGUGCUCUCUUAUGUGUCCUGUCCUUGGCCCUGUGCCUCUUCGGCCUUGGAGAAUAUGGCACAUCCCCAGGACCCAGCUCUCCCUUUCCCUCUGUGCUUCAGAUUUGCAAAUGGGGAAUAGUCGUGCAUCAGAGAAUAUUUCAAUUAACAUUCAAGAGAAAGCCAAGAUUAUGACACCAACCUUGUGUCCCUUACCCCAGUCCUACUCUUGAUUUCUCUCCUGUUGUGAGAUCCUGGCUCUGAAAAGGCUGCUCUUCUCAUAUCUGACACCAAGGGUUUCUCCUAUCAAAAAUAUACUUAUGAAAGAAGGUAGUGGGGUUAACCUUCUUUAUUGACUAGGCCAAUUGACAUCGAUGCAUCUUAUUAAUCCAGUGGGCAGGAGCCUCACUAAGGAGAGUUCCUCAGACCAAGCCCAUCAUAAAGAAAUGUACCGGGUACAGUAGGACUUUACUAUAGGUUUGGGCAGACUUUCCAGGCAAAUAGAUGAACUCCAUUUGCUCCUCUCUUCUCCAGAACGAUAGAGGGGAAGCAGGCCUUAGAAUCCUAGCAUUGAUUAGCAGCAUGCAAUCAGCAGCCUGAACCAAGCUCACUGCAGUUCGCUGGAGUUCACCCAAAAGCUAGUUUCUCCAAGUUCCCAGUUCCACUAGUGUUAGACUAAGCCAGGAGUCUAAUUGCUGUCACUGGGAGUAUGGUGAACUCAGGGAAGGUGUCCUCCAUCCCGUUCUUGAUUAGGCUGUCUGAUGUCCAGAGAGAACUAAGGCCUUGGCACCUCUCAGAAGCAGCCUAUGGAUAAGACCAAUUGUCAGAUCUGAUCUUGACAUUUCUGUGGGGAAUCAUUUUGUGCCUCAACCAUAACAUCCUCCUUGGACCUCAGUUUUCUCAUCUGUAAAAUGAGGGGGAUCAACUAGAUGGUCCCAUCCAGCUCUAAAGCCAUGAGCCUUUUAAUAGUGAAGGAGCAAAAGAUUUGGUCCCUUACUUUCGUCUAUAAGCUGCCAUCUUUUCCUAUUGAAAUCUCCCAUUGACAAGCGGCUAGAUGCUACCACAAGCUCCGACUUUUAUCCCAAUCUCCCAUAUUUCUAAUAGAGCAGUCUCCAUUUUUGCUCCCUUUUCUCAAAAAGAAAGAUGUUCAGUACUCUGCCUUUGAGUCCCCCAGUUUUCCAUGAAAUGGGCCCCCAACCACCACCAAUACUCUAUAACUGACUAUGUGGCCUUCUCACCAUAGAUCAGGAGUUAAGGAUCAAUUCAGGAUUAAAUCCUAAAUGACUUAAAAGCACGUCACUGUGGUAGUGGUGAUAUGCUUCAAGUAGCUAACGUAGCAACUAUCUCAGAUGUUACUUUUGUCUCUUUCCUGCUCCUGCUGCUGCCAAGAAUGUGAAUAGUCACACUGCUGCGUCCUAUUAAAUCACAAGUCUGCUGCAAUCUCAGCCAGGGGAAAGUGGUGUGCUAAACAUACUAUGCAUAUAGAAGGGGCUUAAUAGAUGCUUAUUGAAUUGAAUUUGCAGAAAGAACAUAAAAAAAAAACACUACAAGCCUGCAAAAUGUUCCCUACUUCUUCCAGUCAACAGUAUUAUGGCUUCAGUGUGGUCAGUGGCAGGAAAUGUAUCAAUUACCUGCAAAAAUUCUAUGUUUCAUAUUGCCUAUCUUUAUUUGCUCCUUACAAAGGAGCCUGAGCUCCUUUGAGUCCAGCCUGAUACUUUUCAGGCUAUAGAAGUGGCUUGUUUUUAAACUCCCAUUUUUGUUAACCACUAUUUUGCAAAUUUUCUUAGUACACUGGCAACAUGAGUAGCAUGCAAAAUUUCCCAGCUCUGGAAACGUGUCAUAUCCUCCAGCUAGGCUUUCUUCCUCAGAUCUUAGUCAUAUCCUUGAGCUGAGCUUUCUUCCUGAGAUCUUAGUUCCUGAAAAACGGGAUCCCGGGUUCUCCAGAAAUUCCAGGAUUGCUUUUAGUGAACACAAGCACAAAAAGACGUCACGAACCACCUGACAGCUUAGAGGGAGCGGGAUCCCCAUUGUUUGAAGGGAAAGCUCUUUGCUUCUGAGUCUCACGGAUCACUUAGCAAUAUGACGAGGUACCUCCCUUGGUUUAUGAUUCUGCCUAUGCUCAGAUUGGUGCCAUCCAUCACUCUGCGAUGGUGCCAGGAGUUUGGAAUCUAGCUUUGGUACCUUGCUCCCAGACUGAUUCUAACCAGCACCAAUGGAACAAUCAUCUACUCCCAUCAAGCAGAAGAAGUAUUUUUUUCAGCAUGGUGAGGAGGGGGGAGAGUAGAAGAGGGAAGACAUUGGACCUGCCUGACCAAGAAAGACGGUCCAUUUUAUGCACAAUAAAAGUUUUAGAAAGAAAUACGUGGUGUAUUUUUUAGGUAUUUUAGUGACUAUAGUUAACCACUCUGCAUUUUCUUCACGGUAGUACCUUAUUCAAGCAAGCAGACACAACUGCCUGAGAAAAGCCUAUAUUCACAUAUUUUACAUAUAUCCAUAUAUCCAUGUAUAUGUAGUAUGUGUGUGCAUACAUUAGAAAAUACAUGUUUUGUAAAGAGCAUAACUUUUUUUUGGGGGGGGGUGAGGCAAUGGGGGUUAAAUGACUUUCCCAGGGUCACACAGCUAGUAAGUGUCAAGUGUCUGAGGUCGCAUUUGAACUCAGGUCCUCCUGAAUCCAGAGCCGGUGCUUUAACCACUGCGCCACCUAGCUGCCCCAAAGAGCAUAACUUUCAUUGGCAUGUGUGCCUUUGGUCCCUCUAUGAAACUCCUUUUUCAUCUUUUGGACUCCCACAUGAGACAAUAUCUGAUAAAGUUCAUCGUGGCCAAAAAUGAACAGUCCUGUGGUGAGCAGGACCACACAAUACAGUUCAUUCAUAAACAGAUUCUCCAUGAAGUUAAAUAAUUCAUUUUGUUCUAGAUCCCUUCCCAGAGCUGCCUUCCCACUAAGUAGAUCCUGAUCCAGGAAUCAGCUGCCUCCCCACUAAGGAUAUCCUGAUCCAGGAAUUAUCCUUGGGGAAAUAACCCAAACUCUAGACAUUUUUUCACUAUAUUUAGCACAACUAAGUAAAUGAACUUGGUUUCAAAACACAGAAAGCUGAUAGGAAUUGCUGAAUAGGCCCCUAGAAUGGGCCAAGUCCAAUCUUCCCUGGUUGGAAGUCGGUCCAAAUAGAAAUGAAAGGAAUUCCAAAGAUUUCUUCAUUCCUCCCCAUCUGAGGCCUUCUCUGCACCUUUUUCCAUUGAUUCUCCUGGCAUAAAAUAAGAUAUCACCUUCCAACUCUCUUCCUCACUUUCUUGGUAAAUCAGAAUUCCUUUCCAAAUUCAGUUUGCUGGUUGGUUCCCAAGUUCACCAGCAAAACUACACACAAAAACAUGUUUUUCUUUUUCAUCUGGAAGGAAUAAGUUGUAGCCAUGUAUGACAAAUGGAGGCAAGUCGGAGGUCAUCACCAUUCUGGAAGCUAAAGCAGCUGGUUAUCUAGGUCUUUGCUUCAAGGGGAUGAAAAUCUACCAGCUGUUUCAGAAAUGGCAGAGGAGGCACAGAUGAGGAGAAUGGGAAGGUCUUAGAAAGGAAAACAAAAUAGCUGAUGUGUUUGGACAGGCUAAGAGAAGUCCUGACAGGCACCACUACUCAUUGGUGGGAUUUUGUUACCCAACUUAGCUUUUCAUUUCCAAGAUGAAACCACCUCUUCUCCAUGCUUAAAAGGUAUGGGAUCCAAUUGCCGUGGCUCUGAGUCAAUAAAUUUAGUGCUGUCAUAUAGGGAAUAGAGGCAUUCUCUGCAGAGACACUGCAGUAGCCAAGUAAGAAAGAAGGCCCAAGAUGAAUGCCAUCUAAUUGCGUCUAUGGGCUGGCACAGAAACAGCCACCAUGGGUAGGGCUUUUUGAUUUAACCUCCUACAGUCCCAUGCUGUCCUGGUCAUCAUACCUAGUUCAAAUGAUCUAGUCUGAAGGAAGUGAAACAGGAACAGAAGUAGAGAGUCUUUUCAUUUUUUUCUAUUUUGAUAGUUUUAACAGUCAUUGCUUUGAAGCAAAUUGAUUCCUCUUAAGUCUUCCAAACCCAUUCCAUCUCCUCUGUAGAGGUCGUCCAAAAUAGUGCUAUCCAAUGAGGAUGGGCAGGUGGAGCAGGCCAAAGUGUUAGAAUGAAAGUAAUGUUUCCUGGGGGCAGCUACGAGGCACAAUGGUUAAAGUACCGGCCCUGGCCUCAGACACUUGACACUUACUUGAUGUGUGACCUUGGGUAAGUCACUUAACCCUCAUUACCCCACCAAAAAAAAUAAGUAGUAUCUCCUACUCAGAUGUGGUCUUCUUCUUAGCUACCAGCAGUGAGCACUAGAGACCACAUUUUGUUGGCAGGACCAGAUAAACUGCCUUGAUGAUGGCCACUCCGUGCGUUUUCAAGAAACCCCAGUAGACUGCCCCAGGACGUUGUUACAUCUGGGUUUCUUCCAGCCUCUAAAGUGACUAUGACCUUAGGGUGACCCCCUUCUUGACACACUUGAUAAGCUAGCCCAGGUCCCUCACCACAAGGUUAGCCUGCAACUGGAACUUUAAAGGGAAAGUUGAACUCUUCACAGCAGCUGCUGCUUCAAGUAUAGAGUUGUAUGUGCCAGCUGCUGCCGCCUUGGAUGACCACUUGCUGCAAGGAGGCAAAGCCAAGGAUCGUUCUUGUAAGAUAUCAUCUUUCUCCUCAUUCCCCACCCCUUUAGGUCUAGGCAUGACGUUCCUAUUUCUCCAAUUUUACAGGAUUCAGGAUCUAAGCAAGAGCAAGCUCUGACACUCUCCCCAACUUAAGCCCAAUAUCCAAGAAUAAAUUCAGUACUCCCUAAAGAUGGCUCUGUGCAGCUUCCACAAGGAAUCACGUAGUAGCCCUCCAUGUCAGGGAAGUUGGCAUUCAUAUGACCCAGUUUUAGUAGCUGCUGUCAGACUUCUGCUAGAUUUCCCCCAAACAGUCAAGAUAUUGGCCCUAGGUCCUGGGCAAUAUUCCCUUUGUAAAUAAUGCUCACCUUGUAGAGGGUAGCUCUCCACACAGUGCUACCAGAAACGAACGUGUGUGUGUGUGUGUGUGUGUGUGUGUGGUGUUAGAGGGAGGGAGCAAACACAAACCUCCCUUGGGUAUGAUAACUACAAGAAGUAGUAGAUUGAGGACAUGGAGAAAUUCCUGAUUUUGGUUCCUGCUUACACACGUGAUGUUAAACAAGUCAUCGCUUCUCUAUGCCUCAAUCCCCCUUGCUACAAAAUGGGGAUGAUACCUACCUCAUAGGAAUGUUGUGAGGGGUAAUAACUUAUGAAGUGGAUUUAUAUCCUAAGGUGAAGGGAGCCACAUACUGUUUGACUCUCGAUGGACAUUCCUGUUUGAAUUAACUGCUCCUGCCUGUGGAGACUGGUGUGAAGUAUACCCCUAAGGAAACCUGACAAGGCUUUGAAGGCAGACCUUCACAAGAGAAUAUAUUCCUGCUGCCAAGUAAUGUUGUCUUAUCUAAAAUCAAUCAGGUUAUAUUAUUUCUAAGUGUCCACAUUUGGCCCUUUAUUACUUCUCUUCCUGCUUAUUAGGUGUUGGCUGCUAGAUAAGCAAUAUGGAAGGCAAUGUUAAGUGCCCUCUCCUCUUUUGUCUUUCACUCCUUUUUACAUUCUUAAAAUGUACCAAGGGGCAGCUAGGUGGAGAAGUGAAUAGAGCACAGGCCCUGGCUUCAGGAGGACCUGAGUUCAAAUUCGGCCUUAGACACUUGAUACUCGCUGUGUGACCCUGGGCAAGUCACUUAACACCAAUUGCCUCACCAAAAACAAACAAACAAAACAUACCGAAGCCAGUCAGCAUUCGCAAACUCCAACCUUGAAUGCUGUGAACCCCAUUCCACAGGCAGACUCUCCACCUCAGUGUUCUGACAGGAAGUUAUGAGGAAUAUAACUGUUGCCUUCUGUAAUAUCAAGAAUGGAUCCUGCCGAGCAGGAUCUAAGAAGGCAAGGCCUCAGGACCACUGAAGAACAUGGGACUUUCUAGUGACUGAUCAAGAGAGAUGAGCACCCCUUUGAUAGUACAUUGCUAAAUAUGAGAACACUUACAAAAGCAGAGUCUACCCUCCUGGGACUUGGAGAAAUUCAGCCAAUGUUAGUCUGACCCUAGAAGUCUGUCCGCCACAAAGAUAAGGAGAAACUUUUAACUGCCUUCAUUUCCAUGUUCUAAAGUUCACACAAACACUUUUUAAGAAACAUUACUACUCACCAGCCUCACUUUGGUUCACAGGAUACUAUUUCUGGAGCAAAGAAUAAAGGGGUUAGACUAUUUCAAGAAAUGCCUCUUUGUUUUUUCAUACUGUUUUUUUUUUUCUUUUUUUUUUUAGUGAG